GUGACAAAACAUACGACAGAUAUAUUCAAGUAAUCAAUUGAAACAAUUUUAUAAACAGUUUAUUAUUAAAUAUUUAUAUUUAUUAAUUGAUUGUCACACAAAACAAAUAGUGACUCAUAGUUUGAUUUGUAUAGUUAAUUGUGUGGUUGUUUCAUAAAAUAAAACAGUUGUAAUAAAAUUAGUGUAAAAUUUGACGACCAGUCAUGUCAUACGCCUAUUUGUUUAAGUAUAUCAUUAUUGGCGAUACAGGUGUGGGCAAGUCGUGCCUACUGUUGCAGUUCACGGACAAGCGGUUCCAACCGGUGCACGACCUGACCAUUGGGGUGGAGUUCGGCGCCCGUAUGAUCACAAUCGACGGCAAACAGAUUAAGCUCCAGAUAUGGGACACCGCGGGUCAGGAGGCGUUCCGUUCGAUCACCCGUUCGUCUGGCGAAGUGUUCAAAGCAAAGCACAGGCAAACCCGCAAAAUAGUGGCCCUCAAGAAGGUGUUGAUGGAGAACGAGAAGGAGGGUUUCCCCAUCACAGCCCUGCGCGAGAUCAAGAUCUUACAGCUC